AAUGUCAAUUUCAAUUUUCAAAUCAAAAAGAGCCGUUGCACUUUACACACAGCUUUACAGUUGAUGUUAGUGAACUACAUUUUGGAAUAGAAUAAUUUCCAUUUGGUGAAAUUAAAUUUAUUAGUCGGGUGUUCGUGUGUGAAAAUUUUUGUCGAUAUUAACUACAAAAAUGGAAACCAGCUCUUUAAGGAAAAGGUUCACAGAUCUGCAAGACUUGGAUAUGGAUAUGAUAAAAGGAAUAACUUGGGCAGAACAAAUGUGGAGAACUUUACUUACAGGUCUAACUAAGACCUUUCUCAAUUGGACCCAGGUUGCCCUAAAAAUGAGUAAUAACGAGGAGGAUUUACAAGAAUGGGUGCAGGUUUUUACAGAACACUACGAAGAUACCUGCUGUGAGCUUGUAUCAGAUAUUGAAUAUUUGAAAAGCACUGUAAUCGCCAAUAUAGAGAAUUUACUUCAGAGAGUUGAAAGUCUUUGUAAAACUUUAAAAAUAGAAAUGCCAGUUUUGGAUAUUGACAGUUCAUGUUUGUAUAAAGUUCAGCAUCAGCUGAAAAAGCGUGUGGAAGAAUUGGAACAUUCGGUUGAAACAAGAAGGAGAGAUUUGAACAAACUCCGUCAAAAGCAGCUGGAGCUGUGUAAAUCAUUGGGAAGGGAACCAAGGGUAAUUGAUGAUAACCCUCUUCCAUCUUCUGAUGAAAUACUGGACUUUCAAAACCACAUUGAGAGAUUAGAACAAGAAAAGUUUGACAGAUUCGAAAAAUUUUGUUUGAUGAAAGAAGAAAUAUCCUUAAUGACACGUGAAUUGAAUGUCUCUCCCUCAACAGAAUUUGAGAAAAAUGUUCUUUCCCAGGAUGAUUCUAAAUUUAUGGUUACAGAUGAAAACAUGAAAGAUUUAGAAUGUUUCCACAAGAGUAUCAAACGCCAACUGGAAAAUGUUAAAGAAGAAAUUUCCCAUUUGAGAAGUAAUGUUGACCAUUAUUGGGAUCUCUUAGAAAUUUCCUUACAAGAAAGACAGGAAUUUAGACAAAAGUAUACCGGAAAUUCAGUUGAUGUAUUAGAUGCUUUGAGAUUAGAAGUUAGACGUUGUGGAGAUUUGAAGAAAGCCAAUAUCAAAGUUUUUGUGGAUAAACUCAGAAAUGAAUUGACUACAAUUUGGGAGCAGUGUCACUGUUCAGAAUCAGCGAAAGAAGACUUUUCGUACUAUAUUUCAGAUUGUUACACUGAGGAUUUAUUGGAAUUACAUGAAAUUGAAUUGAAAAAAUGGAAAGCCUAUUAUGAAGAAAACAAGGAAAUGAUAUUAUUGUUGAAUAAACAUAUGAAAUUGUGGAACAAGAUGAUCGAACUUGAAGAAUCAGCAACAGGCCCUGACCGCUACAAUAACAGAGGAGGCAAAUUAUUGAAAGAAGAAAAAGAGAGGAACUUGCUGUCCAAACAAAUUCCAAAAAUUGAAGACACCUUAAGGGAGCUGGCUUAUAAAUAUGAAAAACACCAUGGCUACGAAUUUAGAACUUUUAAUAAGACAAUUGAGGAGUAUAUUUAUAACAUGCAUUCUGAUAGAGAAAAUGCAAGAAAAGAAAAGCUAAGUGCCAGAAAGAUACAACGAGAGCAACCAAUGCUCACAUUAACACCUGCAAAAUCAGCACUCUGCCUGUUUCCUGGAUCAAUAACUCCAAGUACAAUGUGCACAUCCAAAAGAAAGCUCUUUGAUAAUCCCUCUACAGAUUUAAGGAAAAAAAUCAAGACAAGUUCUAGGCUUGUAGCAACUGAACCCAAGAAGAACAAAAAAUGAAGUGUCUUCUAGAGUUGAUUGUCGUAGUACAAUAAAUCCAUUUCUAGUGCCGUUGCCUGAUACACCUGCACCAGCAACGAAAACUCCUGUCAAAUCAAUUUCAAAACAAGGCUCUUCUCACAGGACUAGGCCAGAUCCCGGAACUCCAACUAAUCCGAAAUUUUCGGCAGCAAAAACUAAUCUCAGGAUGAAUUUUUGAAGGAUUAGAUUCACAGAAUAGGGUUGGGAAAUCUUAUAUGAAGAAAUUAAAAUUAUUUAUUUGAUGUUCGUGUUCAAAAUAUGAUACAUUCUGAGAUAUAUCGUCUUUUAAAGUUUUUUGUUUCACUGUACAGUAUUAUUGUUAAAUUAUAGAGUGGUUUAUUUUUUUAAUAUAAUCACAAACU